UAGAGGGCAAUGAGAGACACAGCCCGUGUCAAGCAUGGCCGACGACAACAUUGAAGCCGACCGCUGGAGCGAUCAGGACUCCGCCUUUGGAGGAACCGCGUCGUUAGCAGACAGCACCACCUCCAUCACUAGUAGCCUCCGCGAAUCCGUCUUCAACUAUCAAUUCGAGCAUGGCCGGCGCUAUCAUGCAUUCCAGGCUGGGAAAUAUAUCUUUCCCAAUGAUGAGCAGGAGAUGGAGCGCAUGGACAUCGAGCACCACAAUCAGAAGCUGCAGAUGGAUGGAGAGCUGUUUUUAUGCCCUCUUGUGGAUGAGCCGACUGAGAUUCUGGACUUGGGCACCGGCACCGGAAUUUGGUGCAUCGAUAUGGCCGAUAAGUAUCCUGAUUGCCAGCUUAUUGGAACAGAUUUGAGCCCUGUGCAGCCUAGCUGGACACCACCGAAUUGCCGCUUCGAAAUCGAUGAUUUCGAUAAAGAAUGGACUUUUGGCUCGGAUCGCUUCGAUAUGAUCCGCCACGCCUUUAUCGUGGGGCACGUCAAAGAUUAUCCUGAGUUUUACAAGCGUGCCUUCAAUGCCCUGAAGCCGGGAGGGAGCAUGCAAAUUGUUGAAAUCGAAUUCCAGCUAUACUGCGAUGAUGGCACACUGGCUCCGGACUCUGCGCUUCUCAAAUGGUGCUCCCUGAUGUAUGAGGCAUUUGCAAAGAUUGGAGCUGUCGUGCCGACGGCGGAAAACUAUAAAGAAUGGCUGGAGGAUGCCGGGUACGAAGACGUUCAUCUUGAGAUCAUCAAGCGCCCUUCCAAUGACUGGCCGAAGGAUCCGAAAUGGAAAGAGAUCGGUAGAUACUGCUGCUUGAAUUUCUUGGAGGGAAUGGAGGGCUUCACAGUUGGGCCACUCACACGCGUCCUAGGCUGGAAGCCUGAGGAAGUGCAAGUCUUGUUGGCGAAGAUGCGCUCAGAGUGGCUGAAGCGAAAGAUUCACGCGUAUCACAAAGGCAUCGUUUGCUAUGGUACCAAGCCUAUGCACCCGACCACAGGUACCAAUGGACCUCAUUGAUGACUUGGCACGCAUCCGUAACAUCCGAGCACGGCAGUCAAGAAUCGGACGCUCAAGUUAAAUGGCGUCAAACAGCAUUACCAACCUCAGCAGACAUUUUACGCCCAGACAUAAGACUCGAGCACAGCCUGCAGCCAUAUCGACAGAUAGCAAUCCGAGAGAAUAGUUGAUAGUAAGCCGCGCAAGCACAUAAAGAGCAAGACACAGGAAUAUAAGAGCAUGCGUUAUAGUGGACAGCGUUCAAAGCGUGGAGUAGUAGCAUACGGGCUCGCAUCCUUGGCAGAUACAGAUGGUACAGACGAUGGUGUCCGUAUGGAACCGAUUCCCAAGGUGUAUCCCUGUGUUUCCUGCAUCAGACGUGCGUAACUCGCUGCCAUCUAGUCCUCUGCCAGUCACGCAGCCAGUGUCGAACAAUACGAGAGACUACUAGGUAACACCGUAACUGGGUUAUUUCAAGAACCG